UGAGCGACAAAUCAAGUUAGGGCGCCAUCACUGAAAGCAGCUAUCGUCAGCAAAAACCCGUUCCGUUUUAAGGUCCAUCGAUAGUACAAGAGAGAAAAUGUUCCAAAAACGGCAGCUUCGUUUUAUCUAUCUCGUCAUACUCAUCGUUGUAAUCGUGUUGAUUUACAAAAGUUUUACCAGUCCGCAUCGGUCGUCGUCGGAUGAGGAACACGGCCACGGGCCGAACGUCAGAGUGGAGCAAACGUCCGACGAAACGGCUUUAAAGCCGUCCGAUGCUCCGAUUUACGUGAUGGUGUUCUAUGAGGCAUUGUGCCCCGACUCGAAGUACUUUGUGGUGCGCCAGCUUCAGCCCGCCUUCCAGCGGGCCCCUUCGCUAAUGGAAAUUCAGUUCAUUCCGUACGGCAAGGCGACGACCACCACUAAACAGGACGGAUCGUUGGCGUUCGAUUGUCAGCACGGACCGAUCGAGUGUGAAGCAAACAUAAUCCACGCGUGCGUCGUCGAAGCAGUGCACGACGCGAAAACGCGGCUAGACAUGGUCGCCUGCAUGAUCCGCGAUAACAUUAUUCCACGGGAGUCCUUCCAACGAUGCGCCAAAGAGCACGGUGUAGAGAUCGAAUCGAUACAAAAGUGCUACGACAGUCCGCAUGGUGCCGAAUUGCUAAAGUUGCACGGCGAGGCGACACACGCACUGCGACCACAGGUUAGCUUCAUACCGACGAUCACGCUGGAUGGAUCGCAGGGCAAUCAGAAGACGAUUCUGAAGGAUCUGUUCGGCUCCGUGUGCCAGGUGGCUGCCGGCCGAGGGCCGCUGCCGGAUGUGUGCAAAUGAUAGCAGCUAGUGUUGCACUUUUUCGUCAGCUACUUGCAGACGGAGGUGUUGGACGAGUUCCGGCAGCUUCCGGGACAGUUGCGUCGCGGGGUGUACUGGCUGUUGAAUUAAACGCGCCCCAUUAGCUUCCUUCAAGGGACAAUGCAGAUCGCGCACCCAUACGUCCCCACAUUGAAAAGUCCAUGGCAUAUUUUUUUUUGUUAGUGAAUGGCCCCGGACGCGAGUUGCUACCUUAAACGGAUGUUUAUUUAUGUUUUCCUCCAUUUAUAGUCAUUUUUGUUUCUGUAACGAGUCCGUUGUGUUAAUUCAGAUAUUAUAGUGUCUGACUUCCAUGUUAAACUGUGCAUCCGAUUACCGAGUACGGGAAACAUCUUCCAUAUUGAUUGUUUCUAUUACGCGUUAAUAGUUAAUGUUCUACCACCCAACCUCAUCGACAGCAAGUCAAAUAGUCCAUACGAUCAAAUUAAAUAUUAGUCAAAUAACUUAAAAGGGGCAACACCGCUGAUCACUGAUCCGCCCCGACCGUAGCGUAUUAACAGAAACAGGUGAAAGUAUAAAAGUAGCACAAUUACCAAGAUUUCAGUUUUAGAAAAACAUUACCCGAAUGCUAUGCUCCUCGGCGCAAAUCGUGCAGAGUGUUGCAAAGAAACGUUGGUGUAAGUCAGUUGUGUCCAACCGUAGGAUACUAAGGACAAAGGCCCCAACCGGGUUACCGGUCAGCAUGAUCUCUGAGAGAUUCUUUCGAGUCGAGAAUAUUGCCCCGUCCCGAACAUUUGCAUUUCCGAUGGUUCUUUUUUGGUGAUAUUUAUGUUAGGUAGUGAACGAUUGAGGCUGAAAUUAUCGUUAAGAUUAGUAG